AUGAUCUAUGACUCCAGCCUGGGUAAAUUUGUUCAAAGCGGUGAUACACUCGAAGAGAACUGGUUUGAUACAUCAUCAACAGAUGUAGAUGAUUUCAACGGCUUGAGAAAGAGUGAAUGGUUUUUCAAGAAGAGGGUUAUUCCGCCAGCAGAACCACUGUUUUACGAAGGGAUUAGGAUUAGCCUCGCUGGUAACAAUUUUGCCGAUGUAAAACUAACAGACGAUAGAAACAAGGCACCUGCGCCUGUUAAUGAAGCUGAGAACGCCUUGGAAGGGCUAAGCAGGGAACCGAGUACACUAGAUGAUUCGGACCUCGAUAUGUUAGUGGGCGAAACGUCAAUCAGUCCGUCACCGACUAUAGCUGCUAAUGAUAACUCAAGCAAAGUACUAGAGACAUACAUCGUAGCUAGCACGAAUUCUUUGCGUUUGCUAUGUGAUCACCGAACCUUUCACUGUCCUUUUGCCAUUUUGGACCUAAAAGUUGUUAGCAAAAGAUCUAGCGAGCACGAUGAUGUUAUUUUGAUUCUGUGCCCUACGGGUAGAUUAUUAUGCAUCAUGUUCGACGCAGAUCUGACGCCCAAAGUCAUGCAGCAGUGGGAUUUCCCGAAAUUGUCGUCCAAGCCGGUCAUUCGUCAUAUAGAGCUGUUCCCAGAUGGAGAACGCUUCGUGGUUUCCUCAAAUAGUGUUAUGAGAUUCUUCACGUUCACAGGAUUGGCUCAUUUUGAGCUGACAACUAAUCUUUACUUUGAAGACUCUGAAAUCACAAACUAUACGCUUUUUGAUGACAGAAGUAGACGAAGUUACACUUUAUUUGUCGCGGCUAUGCGCUUCAAUCGUGUUAUUUACUGUGUGGUGGACUGUUCCACUGAAGAGAAAAAAGAUGUUCACCCAUUAACGCUACUUACUGCAGAGAGAGUUAAUAACGUCAUUCCAUUAAAUGAAAAUCGGUGCUUAAUUUUUACCACGACAAACAUAUUACUUGUGACAGCCAAUCAAGUCAUGUCGGGAGAAGUUAAUUUUCGUAAUUUCCCUAGGUCGAUGUUUGGUGAUGAUGUCUGCUGGUGUUUUAAUGACGACGCUUUGCUUUUGAGGUUGAAAUCGAAAACUUCCCUUCUGCGGUGCUUCAAUCAUUGCUGUGUUUUUGCCACAACGAAUGGAGCUCUUUGCUGUUGUCUAAUAAGUGCCGAAGGAGAGGUAAAGUUCUUGGCCCUCACGAGAUUUAAAGGACUACGCAAGGCAUAUAAAUUGUCAAACGUUGGAAUAAGGGAAGACUUUUAUCGUCUACGUAUUGUUAGCUGCGGCCGAAUAUUCGAAAUACUGCUUGACGUCACGAAUUUGGCAGAAAUUUCCAAAGAUUAUAAAGUGAAUGCUUUGGAAAACAUUGAACAAAUGACACUUAUCUAUGUUGGUCACGAAAAGAGAGCAAGCCUCUUUUUUUCAGACUCCUAUAAGAACAGACAGAAUCAAGUCACUGCAUUGUGGACGCUAUCACAAAAUUGCUUUUUCAAUAUAGCUUCGGACUUCAUCAUAACACAUACGAGAAGUAUGGCGUCUGUUGAGGAAAUGAGAUUCUUUAACUCGAUAGAUGUGAUCAAACUUGAUAGCUCAUCAGAGAAGUGGGCCUCAAAAUGGUUAGACUUGGAAGCCCGAGUAAACGACGAGCUUUUUUUGUUAACAGCGUACUCUCCUGUCACGGAUCCCUACGCGCUUUUGGUGACUUAUGAAAGCAACUGCACUCUAUCAAGCAUUGUGGAACUGGAUGGAUUUUACGUUUCUGGUCGUGGUCAGAUAAUCUCAACCUUUUUGACUGACCAUUGCACCAUUCAGGUCACCGAAAAUGAGAUAAUACUCGACGAUAUGAGUAAUGCGCUGCCACAUAUAGAAUGUAUUGGCUUUGAAGUGCAUGACGCUAUUCAACAUUCUAACAAAGUUGUCGCAUGGAACCGCUAUAAUGGUCAAGUUGUGAUUUGCUUCGUUAAAGAAAUAGUUCGAGACUCGAAGUACCAUGAAAUUCUCUACCUUGGAGAAGCUGAUGUAUCUUCAAUUAUCAAUGGUUUCUUUAUUGAGGAUAAUGACCAUGGCACACUUCUUUUGCUUGUAAUGAACAAUCAGAUUUCAGUAUACAGCUGUGAUGAUAAGCCUCAGCGUCUUACCACCCUUCAUACCCCUCUUUUUUUGAACUGUACAAGUCAGCACAAUACAAUAAUUGGUUGUGGUGUUGAUGGAUUGUUGUAUAUGGCAAAAUGGACAGGUUUAAAGAGUCCUCCUUUUAAGCCCAUUGUUAUAAAGGGAAUUGAGCCGGCGUUGUGGAAUGUUGUGUUUUAUGAGGCAGAUUCAUGCAUUUUGCACAGUCCUAAGAAACUCGUUAUUGUAAAUCUACCGCACAUGAAAGCGUCUUUCAUACCAUUCGUGAAAUAUCUGAAACAUUCCACUAUUUUGCAAGUCAAAACGCGGGGGAAACUUUUAUUCAUUCUACAUAGUAGUGGAAUGGAAGUCAUGGAGCUAUCCUGCAGUACACCAAUUGUUAAUGACAUCACUCUUCCUUGCUCGCGGGUACCAAAUAAAAUAUUUCUUUACUUGUGGAAAAUCAAUAGGAUGCUCAUUGUAAACCCGCGGAACAAAUGCUUGUUUUGCACCAAGUUGGAGAGCGGAAGGACAAUUCCACUUGAUUCAAGCUCCUUAGCCGUUUUUGAUGAGGUUUUUGAUAUCAAAGAGCUGAAGACAGAGGAUUAUAAAACCUCAGUCGUCGUAACGGGAACAGCCAAGCUGAAAUCCUUAGUAAAAUUGAUCCAGAUAGUGCCAAAACCCGGAAGGCUGAAAAUUCAAGAGGUCGAUGAGAUUUAUUUGGCGGAAGAAACAAUGAUUUAUUCAUGUCCAACCAAUAGCGGUAAUAUUUGGAUUUUUUACGGCACUAGGGCGGAACGUCUACAUAUUCAGAAUGGGAAAAUAUCAAUUGAUAGCAACGGGUCAGUUGAAACCACAGAUAAAAUAAGGUUCUUUGAUGCAGCAGACAACUUGUUGAUAGCUGUGACAGUCAACUCUGACAUCAUUUGCCAAAUUCAACAAGUAGACGGACAAUGGAAGCGAUUGCCAGUGAACGAGUCAACUGUGGCUAGCCUAAGAGUAGUCAAAAUUAUUAAUUACAAUUGCAUUGUGAUUAGCGGCGAGAUGGAGGGUCACUCAUCAAUCCGAGGCGUUUUGUUGUUUUACAAAAUUGAGCACUACAAAUUGUAUUGCUACGAUACAAUACCAUUUGCGGAGCCUAUCAAAGAUUUCGAAUUUUGUGCCAGAAGUAACGAGAUAUGCGUGCUUCUCGAUGAUGGGGCAAUUAUUUAUCUUUCCGCUUGUAGAGAGAAAUUCGAUUAUGAUUUUUGGGGACUGGAAUCUCCAAAAGGUAGUAAGACUGCACCACCGUAUGAAUUAUGCGCUUAUCCAGAAGAAAGCUCGAGCCAAAGUUGA